AGUCUACGCAGAAAGAUUGUAUCCGGCGGAAAGUGACACAUUUAGUGACUGGCGAGGUGUAAUGUUGAGCAAAUAAGAACUAACAACUAACUGCAGACCUGCAGAUAACUAGCUCACACGGUACGUGUCCUUUUUUGUUGAGUGGCAUCAUGUCCAGAGGCGUCAGAAGUUCGCUUUGAUCGAGUAUUUUUCCUCUCGCGUCGUUAUUGUAAACUGCGAGGGACAAGCCAGCUGUUCAUCAUCUUUUCUUCGUGACCACAACCGGGGAUGUUUGAUAGGUUACCUUGUUCCUCAGGUUAUUCUGACCAGAUGGCAAACCCAGUGAACAUCCAGGCUCCUAGUAAGACCUGGGAGCUGAGUUUAUAUGAGCUGCACAGAACUCCCCAGGUGAAGUACUAGUACUGUCACGUUUGACAUCAACCAGCUCAAUCAGAGCUUUAUAUCCACCCAUUCCGGGAAGGACAAGACCAAAUAUUUUGGAAGCAAUCAUGGACGGGACAGAAAUUGCCAUAUCUCCCAGAAGCCUCCACAGUGAGCUGAUGUGUCCCAUCUGCCUGGAUAUGCUGAAGAAGACGAUGACCACUAAAGAGUGCCUGCAUCGCUUCUGCAAUGACUGUAUCGUCACUGCUCUCAGAUCAGGGAACAAAGAGUGCCCUACCUGCCGCAAGAAGCUGGUGUCAAAGCGUUCCCUUCGUCACGACCCCAAUUUCGACGCUCUCAUCUCUAAGAUCUACCCGAGCCGGGACGAGUACGAGGCCCAUCAGCGGCGCGCCCUGGACCGCUUCAGGCAGCUGCAUAACCCCCAGCCCCUCAUCCUCAGCAUCGAGGAGGGCAUUCGCCUGCAGGCCAAAUACAGACCUCUGCGGGUGCGCAAAGCUCAGCAGGAUGACGGCGACAACACCACCUUCAGCGGCGACGAGGAAAACGGUGACACGCGAUCCCAUGCUUCUCAUGACUCCGCCCCCUCGCGUCAGCCCUCCCUCCUGACCAGUCACGCCCCACAGGCGGGGCCCAGCCGAUCCAAGAGGCCUCGGGAGUCUGACGAGUCUGGGGCCGAAGUGGACGGCCAGAGCCUCACCCCGCCUCGAAAGCCGCGACGCAACAACAACAAAUCAGAGAUCGAGCUGGUGUUCCACCCACACCCCCUGUUAGUAAACACAGAACGGCACAGCCAGACAAGAUAUGUCAAAACAACUGCCAAUGCCACAGUGGACCACCUCUCUAAGUACCUGGCCUUGCGUAUUGCCCUGGAGGAGAGACAGACAGACCAGCCAGCAGAGGAGCCUGGUGUAGGGGAGACAGCGUCAGGGGGCGAGGGGAGCAGAGCUGGGCCUCCUGGUCGCCUUUUGGACAUCAGUGAGAAGCAGUACACCAUCUACAUCACCACAAGCAGCGGCCAGUUCUCUACUCUGAACGGUUCUCUGACUCUGGAGCUGGUGAAUGAAAAGUACUGGAAGGUGAACAAACCUCUGGAGCUGUACUACGCUCCCACCCAGGACCAACAGCAGCAGCCUCAGCAGCCACAAGCACCAGAGCAGUCCUCUUCAUCCCAGCUGUGAAGACCUGUAAGAAGGCUGAUAAAGAGAUCGGUCUCUCUCCUCGUCGCUUGCUUAAGUACACCUACAGCAUGGAACUGCAGACCUGCUGAGUUUAUCUAAAUUACACAUUCUUCCCCGUGGACAUUCAAAUACUGACUAUGAAACAUAUCCCUCUGCCCUGUAGUUGUUGUCACCUAUCCAGUGGUUGGUGAAAGUACUCGUGCCUUGGGACACGACUGGAGGAGUAAGAUGGAAGGAGGGGUUGAAAUGUUAUCCUUGAGUAAGGAUACCGAAGAGUUUUCAUCUGCAUAAUUCCAAGGUUCAUUGACUUGAAUCCUUCCUAUAUAUAAACAGUGUUUUUAUUUUAGUACCCUAUGCAUACAAACUGAGGUCAACUGAUAUCAACAGUCAGUUCCAUCUAGCACAAAACGACGUUUAAAUGAACACGGAUCUGCCUCACAAUGGAGGUAGUUUUAUUAUGACCUAUAUGUCUGUUGUAGAGCAGCAAAACUACCAUCAACUCGGUAGAAAACCCCCCCAAGUGUGUGAUUAAGACUCAUGUAUCUAUGCUGAGCUCCAAAGAAACACUUUGAAGAAACACAAGGGCCUGCCUUUGCUCGUAUGGCAAUGUGUAAUUUUUAUAGCCUUUUUAGUAGUGGCUUUCCAGAAUUAUAGAAAUAUUGUGACGUGAUGACAUCAGUUGUUUGGCACAACCCACAAGAGCCACUUUUUUUCCAAGGCUACACACUUUUACAUUAAUUAAAUGUACACAUAUAAAAUUUCUAAAUGCACUUUAUCUGAACCA